GGGCAGAGAUGGCGGCGCCGGGAAGGCGUGCACUCUUAGCGGUGGCGAAGGGCUGGCGGCGUUUCGAGGGCUUCUGGGGCAAUCGUCUGGGUUCUCGCAGCCUGACUCUUGCGGCCGCACCGUCGAACAGCAGUUCGCCAUGGCGCCUGUUGGGUGCCUUGUGCCUGCAGCGGCCACCUGUGAUCUCGAAGCCGCUAACCCCUUUGCAGGAAGAGAUGGCGGCUCUACUACAACAGAUCGAGGUAGAGAGAAGCCUGUAUUCGGACCACGAGCUCCGCGCUCUGGACGAGGCCCAGCGCCUGGCCAAGAAGAAAGCGGACAUCUACGAUGAAGAUGACGAAAAGAGUAUAUUGCUGGUGCAGGACCUGGAAGACAUGUGGGAGCAGAAGUUCCUGCAGUUCAAACCUGGGGCUCGAGUAACAGACGCCGACGAGAAGAAUGACCGAACCUCACUGCACCGGAAGCUGGACAGGAACCUUGUUCUGUUGGUCAGAGAGAAGCUGGGAGACGAGGACGUCUGGAUGCUGCCCCAGGCAGAGUGGCAGCCCGGGGAGACCCUCCGAGGGACGGCCGAGCGAACCCUGGCCGCGCUCCCAGAAAACAACAUGGAAGCCAAGUUCCUGGGAAAUGCACCCUGUGGCCACUACAAGUUCAAGUUCCCCCAGGCCGUACGGACAGAAAGUAGCCUUGGGGCCAAAGUGUUCUUCUUCAAAGCACUGCUGCUCACGGGGGACUUCUCCCCGGCCGGGAAGGGGGGCCGGCAUGUGUGGGUCAGUAAGGACGAGCUGGGUGACUAUUUGAAGCCCAAAUACCUGGCCCAGGUCAGGAGGUUUCUGCUGGACCUCUGAUGGACUGGGCUGCCCGUGGACGGUGCUCGCGCAGGUCUGCGGUGGGGCCUCACGGACGUUUUGUGGUUGCCCCAUCUUUUCAGGGAAUAUCCAGAAGCAGACUUGAUUCCUAGCAAUAAACGAGUAGUUUGUCUGUG